AGUGGAAUUGGAGGAGUGGAAUUCGCAGCGGUGAGAAAAAAUGGCGGCGACACCGCGUAUGGAGUUGGAGAAGAUGAGCGUGGAGCACCUGAGGGGCUUGAAAGAGCAGGUCGAUAUGGAGGUCAAUCUACUCCAAGACAGUCUCAACAACAUCCGCUCCGCCAAUGCCCGCCUCGAGAUCGCCUCCGCCGCCCUCCACGACCUCUCCGUCCGCCCCGAAGGGAAGAAGAUGCUGGUGCCAUUGACGGCGUCGCUGUACGUGCCGGGAAAGCUGGAUGAUGCGGAGAAGGUCUUGGUGGACGUCGGCACCGGUUAUUUCAUUGAGAAAACUAUGGUAGAAGGCAAAGAUUAUUGCGAGCGUAAAAUUGCUUUGCUCAAGUUGAAUUAUGACCAACUUCUCGAGGUGGCCGCAAAAAAGAGAAGCAUAGCAGACGAAGCAGGGGCAGUUUUACAAGCAAAGUUGAAGCAUAUGGUCCCCGCACAGUAGUUGUGUUUUGGAUGUAACAUCUUGGUACUUGCUAAAUUUGCAUAUGUUUUGCUUCAGUAACAGGAAGAUGAUUGUAGAGGAGCAGAGAGAGUUUUUUAAUUUUUUUCUCUUGAUCCACUACACUGUGUUGAUGAAUAUUGCUGCAUGGGGAUAUUAGUUUGAGAUUGUGUUAAGCUAUCGAAUAUGUAUAAUUCUCAAAAUUCCAAUUUUACUUUA